CGCGGAGGCUGGGGAGGCUGGCGGCAGCAUGGCCCGCCUGCUGGGCACCCUGCGCAGCUCCCAGCCCGUGGCGCGCUUCCAGCGCUCCUGCGGGCUCUUCCCCGCCGCCGAGGAGGGCGGCUGCAGCGGCGACCCCGCGGAGGGGCCCCGGGCCCGCGGCGCCUGCAAUGGGGCGGGCGCGCUGCGCUGCCCGCAGGGUUGCACACAGAAGUAUAUUGUGAAGAACUACUUCUACUACUACUUGUUCAAGUUUUCAGCUGCUUUGGGUGAAGAGAUUUUUUAUAUCACUUUCCUUCCAUUUACCUACUGGAAUAUAGAUCACUCUGUGUCUAGAAGAAUGAUAAUUGUUUGGUCUAUAGUGAUGUACAUAGGCCAGGUCUCCAAGGACAUCCUGAAGUGGCCUCGGCCCCUGUCACCACCUGUCGUGAAGCUGGAGAUGAGGACAAAUGCAGAGUAUGGGAUGCCAUCCACCCACGCCAUGGCAGCUACAGCCAUCUCCUUCUCCUUUUUCAUUGCAACCAUGAACCAGUACAAGUAUCCAUUCGAGCUCGGCCUCGUAGCAGCGUUCGUGGUUUCGACGUUGGUGUGUCUGAGCAGGCUCUACACAGGGAUGCACACAGUCCUGGAUGUGAUUGGAGGAGCACUGAUUUCGGCUGUGUUGCUCGUGCUCUUGUAUCCUGCGUGGGACACAAUAGAUCACUUGCUGCUAACCAGCCCCUUCUGCCCAUUGUUUUCCAUAGUUGUGCCUCUUGUCUUAUGUUACAACUACCCCAAACUAGACUAUUACAGCCCUACCAGGGGAGACACCACUACGAUCUUAGGAGCAGCAGCUGGAGCAACUGUGGGAUUUUGGUUAAACAACCAGUAUGCUGCUUCAGCCUACACUGGCCAGAGCGCUCAGCCUGGCCUCCCUCUGAUUGCCAGCACAGUGGUGUUUGUGCUAGCCAGGUUCUCCGUGGGGAUCUUGGUUGUGCUGCUGACACGCUGGCUCAUGAAGAGCGCGGUCCUUGGCGUGCUGGGCCAUCGGUACAAGUUCCCCAUGGGUGACCUGCAAGCCCGGAGGCGCCUGGAAGUGGAGGUGCCCUACAAGUUUGUGACCUACUCCUCCGUGGGCUUCACGGCCACGGUGGUUGUGCCGCGGCUGCACGAGCUGCUGGGGCUGAUGUGAGCACAGCUCCUCCUCACCGAGCCGCCGCUUCGGACACGGGACAGUCCAGGCUGGUGACCUGACCAAAAAGUGUUUUGUGCCUUUCUGCACUGGUGUGGUGGGUUUGGCUCUGGCUGGAUGCCAGGGGCUCACCAAAGCUGCUUUAUCACUUCUCUCUCUCCAGGGAGAGAAAAUAUAAUGAGAGGAUCACGGCUCAAAACAAGGGCAGGGAGAGAUCACGCAGCAGUUUUACUGUCACAGGCAAAACAGACUCAACUUGGGUAAAUAGGUUUAAUUUAUUAUCAAAGUAAUCAGAGUAGGAUAAUAAGAAAUAAAAACAAACAUUACAACCACUUUCCACCUACCCCUCCCUUCUUUCUAGGCUCAGCUUCCCUCCUGAAGUCUCUAGCUCCUCCUGUCCACCAUCACAGGAGGAUGGGAUUGGAGGUUGCAGUCAGUUCAUCACAUGUUGCUGUUCCUUCCUCCUCAGGGGUAGAACCCCUCACACUCCUCCCCUGCUCCAGCAUAGGGUCCUUCCCACAGAAGACAGCUCUUCAGAAACAUCUCCAGUGUGAAGUUUCCCAUGGUCUGCAGUUCUCCAUCCAGCAAGGGUCCCCUGAGGGAUCAGAAGUCCUGCCAGGAGCCUGUUUCAGUGGUGGUUUUCAAACCCUUCUUAGGGCAUCACCCUGCUCCAGUGUGGGGUCAUCCACUGAUUUCAGGUGGAUCUCUGCUCCCCAUGGACCUCCAUGGGCUGCAAGGGCACAGCUGCCUCACCAUGGGCUGCACCAUGGGCUGCAGGGGAGUCUCUGCUCUGGCACCCAGACCACCUCUUCCUCAUCCGUCUGUGAUCUUGCUGUCUGCAGAGUUGUUUCUCUCCCAUAUCUGCCUGCAAUUGUGCAGGUUUUUCCUCCCUUCUUAAACUCUGUUAUCCCAGAGGUGCUGCUACUGUCACUGAUGGGCUCAGCCUUGGCCAGCAGUGGAUGUGUCUGGAAGCCAGCUGGCAUUGAUUCUGUUGGACACAGGGGAAGCUUCUGGCACCUUCUGAGAGAAGUCACCCUCACAGCCACCCCCACCCCUCCGAUGCCCUUGCCACAGAAACACAAAGAAACUGGCCUGAAAUAUCUGACUCGGAGGAGUAAUGGGAAUUGCUGUGCACAGAUAACUUUGGGAUGGAAAUCACUGACCCCACCGUGUCCCCUUUGUGUCCCAUAAUUAGACACUCUUUGCCCAGGCAACUAAAUACGACAGGCUCACAGCCAAAAUCUCUGCCAGGGCAGCAGCAAUGGCUGUUCUGCUGUGGGGUUGGGGUUGUUGGGGAGCAGGGCUGUGCCUCUGCCUGCCUGGCUGCUCCUGAAGCAGUACAGCAAGCCAAGGCAGGGCUCAGGUUUGGGGCAUCAGGGAAAAAGUGGCUGGUGGAGUGGGGGGACAUGUGACCAGCCAAAAUAAAAAUGCCAUCAUUGGGCAGAGCUCGUCAUGUCUUCUGAUGGCACUGCCAGACCAGGCUAAUUCUGUGCGUUGUUUUACUCAUUAUUCCAAUGUAAAAUAGAAAAAAAAACCCCAAAAUGUAAAAGAGAAGGAAAAGCUAACACAAUGUUUAAUGUGAUUUGCUGCAAAUUUCCUUGGAUAUUAAUAAGAAAGCCUCCACUAAAAGAUCCUUUGCCUACAAACGACUGAGCAGAGUUAUUAUCACAGCACUGAGGCUCGAGUUCAAACUGUUUAACUCCGAUUUAGUUCCCCUGGCUAGAGGAAAGGAAAAAGUCCUUCCUGUCAUGUAGGGGUGACAAGUAGAGUCCAUAAACUGCGUUGUGGAAGGAGCUGAGCAGUGACUCUGGUGACUACAGCGCGUGACAAUUAUAAGAUGCCAUCAUUUCUGCUGCUGCACAGCAUCGCAGUUGGUCUUCCAUGCAUCCUGCAACACUGUGUGUACACUUGUAGAAUAGCAGGGAGGUGUGUCCAUAGAAAGGGCAUGCCUAUAACUCAGGCUGCUUAUUUAAAACAAUAUAUUUCAGCUGUUGGACCACUGAGCUGUUGAGAAAUACAGCAGUGAAUGUGGUCUGCUUGGCUAGGAAAAUGUACUGUGCUAUUGCUGCAGAGCUUCAAGCAUGGCCCCUGUGCCUUGCCUGGCAGAAUGAACAGUGAGAGCCAGCUUUCUAACCAUGUCCACUUGUCUUCCUGGCUGCGAGAAAAGUGAACCUGAAGAAUGUAAAGGAGGUGCUUUGCCAUCCAUUGACUGCCUGGAUAAACAAAAUCAAUUCCAAAACUGUAGCUGGGGGUUCUGUCUGAGUAGUGUGAGGCAUGCACGUGAAAGAGCUGCACCACUCCAAACCCAGGCUGCCAAUCUCCAGAAGAAAUUCAGGCAGAAAUCUUAACCAGUUUUAGAUUUUCUCAGGCUGUGUUUUAUAUCAGGUUGUGUGGACUUUACACGUGCAUGCAAACAGCUCCAGCGAGCCUUUCAGCAGGGCACGUGGCCACUCACACCUGCCCCUGAGUGAGUGCUGGACAUGGGCCACCCCAGCCAUGGGGUUCCAUCCUCAGCCUCUCCCUCCUAUACACCACAGAAGCUCUACCAUCAAGUUUAAAAUACCUUUACACCCCUUGUGUUGAGAGUACUGCAUGACACACAGGUGCAGUGCACAAUUGGAGCCCUGCGGAGGGGCCACAUCACAAAAUUGGGAAAAAACUUGGCAGCAAGAUGAGCGUUCAAGCUGGGGAUUGGAAUUACUCCCAAGAAAGGCACAAUUUGACAGGGACAUUCAUGCAGCUUUAUGUGUAAAAUUUCUGUUCUGAUUCACAGUUAUUUUAUGCUAUGAAGAUUUUAUAAAUUAUAUAUAAAUGCUGCACAGGUAUUUUUAUAGUAUUCACCUGCAUGUGAUUCAUGCAAUAAAUGCAAACUCUAUUUGGUUCAAAUUUUAAAAUAAACCUAUUUUGCAGA